GUGACGUACAGGGUGGCGCGCGGCGAAGCCGGGGGUGGGGCUGGGACUGGGGUUAGCAAGAGACCUGGGGGCCGGGGCCGCUUCUGGAUUCCCAUCUGCUAUCCUCUCUCGCUCCGUCGAUUCGGAGGGGAGGUGGCGACCUCGGCCUCCAGUGUCUCCAGCGGAGUGAAGUGGCAGCGGCGGCCGGGAUGGUGUUGCUGGGUUUACUGCAGGCGGGCGGGUCGGUGCUGGGGCAGGCGAUGGAGCAGGUGACAGGCGGCAACCUCCUGUCCAAACUGCUGAUCGCCUGCGCCUUCACCCUCAGCUUGGUCUACCUGCUCCGACUCGCCCUCAGCCACCUGGUCCAGCUGCCUGCCGGGGCGAAAAGUCCACCGUAUAUUUUCUCUCCAAUUCCAUUUCUUGGACAUGCCAUAGCAUUUGGGAAAAGUCCAAUUGAAUUUCUGGAAAAUGCAUAUGAGAAGUACGGACCUAUAUUUAGUUUUACCAUGGUGGGCAGGACGUUUACUUAUCUCCUGGGGAGUGAUGCUGCUGCACUGCUUUUUAAUAGUAAAAAUGAAGACCUGAAUGCAGAAGAAGUCUACAGUCGCCUGACAACACCUGUGUUUGGGAAGGGAGUUGCAUAUGAUGUGCCUAAUCCAGUUUUCUUGGAACAGAAGAAAAUGUUAAAAAGUGGCCUUAACAUAGCCCACUUUAGAGAGCACGUUUCUAUAAUUGAAAAGGAAACAAAGGAUUACUUUCAAAGUUGGGGAGAAAGUGGAGAAAAAAAUUUGUUUGAAGCCCUUUCUGAGCUCAUAAUUUUAACAGCUAGCCAUUGUUUACAUGGAAAGGAAAUCAGAAGUCAACUCAAUGAGAAGGUGGCACAGCUGUAUGCAGAUUUGGAUGGAGGUUUUAGCCAUGCUGCCUGGCUGCUGCCAGGUUGGCUGCCCUUGCCUAGUUUCAGACGCAGGGACAGAGCUCAUCGAGAGAUCAAGAAUAUUUUCUAUCAGGCAAUCCAGAAACGCAGACAGUCAGAUAAAAAAAUUGAUGACAUUCUCCAAACUUUGCUAGAUUCAACAUACAAGGAUGGGCGUCCUUUGACAGAUGAUGAAGUAGCAGGGCUGCUGAUUGGACUGCUCUUGGCAGGGCAGCAUACAUCCUCAACCACUAGUGCCUGGAUGGGCUUCUUUUUGGCUAGAGACAAAACACUUCAAGAAAGAUGUUAUUUGGAACAGAAAACAGUCUGUGGAGAAGGUCUCCCUCCUUUAAAUUAUGACCAGCUCAAGGAUCUAAAUUUACUUGAUCGCUGUAUAAAAGAAACAUUAAGACUUAGGCCUCCUAUAAUGACCAUGAUGAGAAUGGCCAAAACUCCUCAGAUUGUGGCAGGGUAUACCAUUCCUCCAGGACAUCAGGUGUGUGUUUCUCCCACUGUCAAUCAAAGACUUAAAGACUCAUGGAUAGAACGUCUGGACUUUAAUCCUGAUCGCUACUUACGGGAUAACCCUGCAUCAGGAGAGAAGUUUGCCUAUGUGCCAUUUGGAGCUGGGCGUCAUCGUUGUAUUGGGGAAAACUUUGCCUAUGUUCAAAUUAAGACAAUUUGGUCCACUAUGCUUCGUUUGUAUGAAUUUGAUCUCAUUGAUGGAUAUUUUCCCACGGUGAAUUACACAACUAUGAUUCAUACCCCUGAAAACCCAGUUAUUCGUUACAAACGAAGAUCAAAGUGAAAAAGGCUGUAAGGAACUAAUACGUGACACACCACUGUAAGGUGCAAAAGCAUUAGAAGAGAGCAAAGUGAAAAACAACUCGCAGUGUACUGUUUUUUUGAGUGUGUAAUUCUAAAAGACAGCCAGUUUAACUUUCGGUAUUAGUAUUUUAUUAACAGGUUCUAUCAACUCUAAUGGCAUUUGAAACAUUUUCUAAUAGUUUUGAUACUUAUUACAUGUGCUUUAAUGGAGCCAAGUUUAUUAGUAAAACAUUGUUUGGGGGAUCUAAGUAAUUGGCAGAUUCUAAAAAAUACAAUUUGUAGGUACUAAUUUUAACAACAUACAUAUCUCUUGCCAAAUAAGUUCAGGGUAUUCAAAUCUUGGACUAGUUCUGCAAGUAACUAGUCCUGCCAAUAAAAGGCCCAGUGAGAUACUUGGAAGGCAUAGGUUAUUCAUUUACCUGGACAAUGUUUGUGUGUGUGUGUGAGGAUAGGAGGGUGGGGAAUCAACUCACAUUUAAAUCUUUGGAUAAAAGAGAAUACUGUUAAUUGUUUUGGUAUGAUGAUACUCGGUAAUGAAGAAGCUAUGUUGUAGAAAAAUGUAUCUUCUGAAAUUUUAACUGGAAGGAUUGGCUAUAGGAAGUUGAGAUCUAAGACCAUGACUUGAAAAUCAUGUUUUGUAAAAACAACAUAAUUAUUAAUGCUAAAGACUACUCAUGUAUCUUGACCUAAUUAUUAAUUACCUAUUUAUCUAUCUGAUAAAUAUGUAUCUGGUUCUAUAAGGUCACAUGUGUGUGAAAAUCCAAAGUAAAGUCCUUAGGGGACAAAUUUUCUUUCUCUUAUUUGACUCAAGGUUGUUCCCUGCUUCCUCUCUAGAAUCCAAUUAUGAAUGUUUCUGUAACUACUUCUGUUGAUUACAAUGGUUAAGCUUUUAAAAAAAAAUAAAAAAUCAGAGAUUAGAGAACUCUGGCUUUAAGAUAAUAUGAAGCAGGGUCCUUGGGAGUACUAUCAGCCACAUUCUGUGAAGCCUGUGUUCAGACAGGGGCCUCACCUUAUCAGAUACUUGUAAUUUGACCACAUAUAGUCUUUUUAUUAGAUGAGGCCAAAAUACUUUCCCUAUGUAUAUAAGGAGGCUGGAAGACUCACGUUAAACUGUAAUUGUGAAGGCAAAAAUCUAUGCUGUUAAUUUUUCACAUUAAAAUUCUCUUUGAGAAAUAUA